CAAAUGAUUAUUAUCUAAAAAUAUGUGGGCUAAAUAAACCAAACACCUGUUCAAAAUAAUAAUAUUGUUCUACGCACUUCUCAAUAAUCCAGGACAAUCAAUAGUAAAUAGUGAUAAACAUAUCUAGUCAGAUAUAUAAAUUUGCUUGGUUAAUAAAUUUCAAAUCUUCAAAAUGAAGAAAAAGGUGCUUCUGAUGGGCAAAAGUGGUUCUGGCAAAACCAGUAUGCGUUCUAUAAUAUUUGCUAAUUAUAUAGCCAGAGAUACAAGACGACUGGGUGCUACAAUUGAUGUGGAGCACAGCCAUGUUCGAUUCUUAGGGAACUUGAUUUUAAAUUUGUGGGAUUGUGGAGGGCAGGAGGCUUUUAUGGAAAAUUAUUUUGCAUCCCAAAGAGAUAAUAUUUUUCGAAAUGUGGAGGUCCUUAUAUAUGUGUUUGAUGUGGAAAGCACAGAAUUGGAGAAAGACAUGCACUACUACCAAACAUGUUUGGAGGCAAUCAUACAAAACUCUCCAAACGCGAAAAUAUUCUGCUUAGUGCAUAAAAUGGAUUUAGUUCUGGAACAACAAAGGGAUGUUAUUUUUCAAGAACGUCAAGCUGAUUUAAUGAGACUUUCAAUGCCUUUAUCAUGCACUUGCUUCAGAACGUCUAUUUGGGAUGAAACCCUUUACAAGGCUUGGUCCAGCAUUGUUUACAUGCUAAUACCAAAUGUAAAAGCUUUAGAAAACAGUUUGCAGCAAUUUACCAACAUUGUUGAUGCCGACGAGGUGUUGCUCUUUGAGAGAGCGACCUUUUUAGUUAUUUCACAUUGCCAAAGAAAAGAUCACAAAGACGUGCAUCGCUUCGAGAAAGUCUCGAACAUUAUAAAACAAUUCAAGUUGUCCUGUUCGAAAUUAGCAGCUCAAUUUCAAAGUAUGGAAGUGAGAAAUUCCGCGUUCGCAUCAUACAUUGAUAUGUUCACCAGCAAUACUUACGUAAUGGUCUGCAUGUCUGAUCCUCAAAUACCCUCAGAGAUAACUCUGAUCAAUAUUCGUAACGCUAGGAAACACUUUGAAAAAUUGGAAAAGGUUUCCAGUUCUGCACCAGCUAUUACACACCACUAAGAAAAUACUCAAAAUGCUCGCUGUUUUACUUUACAGCUAUAUGGUUACACAUAAGUAUAGGAAUAAAUGUCCUCAACUCUUGCUUUGUUCAAAUCUUUUUUAAAUAUAUUUGUUCAUGUUAUUUAA